AAUGUCAUACAUAAGCAAAAGCAAGAAAAAAAUGACUACAGAACUCGCUUAUCAAAGCAACGAUGAUAAAUGUCCCCGAAUGAGUUUAUAAAUGCGGUCCACCCACAGUUCUGUAAGCCAAGCCAGUGCUGGUUUAGAUUUGCGCAUAUGUUACCAAAGUAGCGCCAAAAGGUGCGACUAACUGACAUGAUAAAGUCUCACAUGAUAAAUUCAUGACCACUGCAUUAUAUCAAUUGUAACCAUGACUUGGUAUGAUCCAUGUGAAAACCCUUAUAAAGCAAACGUUGCGAUGACUAGUCUAAAAACAGCAACUGAGACAAACUCUGAGACAAAUGUAUGCUACAAAACCAGGGAAAUAAAAACUCCUAACUUAACCCAUAUUUACAAUGUCUAGUAACUUAUCAUAUCAGUGCUGCAAAUUGUGUAUUAUUAUUAUUUUAUUAUAUUAUAUUUCAUAGUAUCUUUGAAAAAGAAUUUUCCUGUGUUGGAUUUAGAGAAAGAUCAACACCUUAUUUAUUCAGGUUAAUAUUGACUUGGAUUUUGCUGUUUGGUUCUUGACGACCACAGAUCUAUACAGAGAAUGCCUGCCUGUAUUGUUACGGGAUGUACUCCACGGUGCAGAGAAGGAGAAGAGGAAUUUGCUCUCCAUUCAUUUACAAAAGCAAAGGAUCGCAUAAAGUUAUGGCUGCUAGCCACCGGGCAAGAUUUUGGAAAUAUCGACAAAUUAGUGGAUACUAUAUUCGAAUCAAAAACCAGUGCAUAUCGGCUCUGCUCCUUGCAUUUUGCACCAUCAUGUUACAUUCGGAAUCCUAAAACUGGAAAGAGGAGGCUGUUACCAACAGCUGUACCAAGUAUUUUUACAAGGCAUGCUGCACCAUCGAGCAAGAGGAAAAGAUUAGAUGGGGAUGGUGCAUCAUCUAGUCAAUUUAAUGCUGGAGAAAUGUGUCCAACCUGCAAUCAAGUGGUACCACAUAUAAAUCCAACCCAACCUGAACAAGCAGCCACUCGUUUCAGUACCACAGAUUCAGCUACAAACUUUGACCGUUUCUGGGCAACAUUUAAUGAAGGCAUUCAAGUAACUCCUAAAACAACAUCAAGAAAAAUUCAGUGUUCCCGACUAAUGGACAGAAAAAAGGUUAAUACAAUCCAAAAGUAGGCCACAAUUUGUUUUUGGACCAGUGACUUCUGUACCAGUCCGUGGACCCAAGAUUUAUACAUCUACACCACAAAAAAUGAUACCAACAGGAAAAGGAUCUUUGGCCUGUUCUAGUAAUGCUCCUGAAACGCAUAAAGCAACAGAUCCUCCGAAUUUACAAACAACUUUACUGACAGAAUUGACAAUAUCACCAAUUCGGCCCAUUCAAUCUACUCAACCCAUGGUGAGAAAAAAAAAAUUACAUUGCAACUAUAAUAGAAGAAAGAAGAAGAAGAACCAAUUUUUUCCUCUAUCACAACGGUUGAAGAUGAGGAAGACUCUACUUUUCAUGUGUCCAGGGAAGAGAGUCCUUCAAGCAGUGAUGAAGGGUACUCACUGUGUUCAUCCGAAGAUGAUGGAGAAGAGGAGAUGGUCAGUGACACAGAGACUGAUCUAAAUGUACAAAAACAUCCAUCUGAAGAAAGAAAAUUUCUAGUAUAUGAAAGCUGCUUGGACAAUCUAAUUAAAAUGCUUCCUUGUCCUGCCUAUGCAAAUUGUUCAGCAAGUAUAGAAAGAAUUAUAAAAAAACAAAUGGGUUCAUAUGUAACUGUAUAUGUGGAAUGCAAAAAAAAAUCAUUAUAGGCGACUAUGGCAGAGCCAGCCGCGCCUGCAGAAAAAGCCUUUAGGUAACAUCCAACUUGCUACAGCAAUAAUCACAAGGGGCAAUACCUUUGCCAAAAUAAACCAGUUUUUUUAAAUUUUGGAUUUGGCUGGUAUUUCUGAGUCUACAUAUUAUCGCAUACAGAACCAAUAUAUAUUUCCUUCUAUUAAUAAUGUUGGGAUAAACCAUCAACAAGAAGAGUUAAUAAAAGUUUCCAAAUGAUCAAUCUGUGUUGCAGGAGAUGGCCAGUGUGACUCUCCUGGGCACAAUGCGAAAUAUUGCAUUUAUACAUUGAUGGAUGUAGAAACAAAUAAAAUGUUAUCAUUUGACACUCAACAAAUUGGCUCCGGGGUGUCCUCUGUUGGACUAGAGAAAAUUGCUUGUAGAAAUGCUCUUGAUUAUUUAUUAUCAAAUUAUGUCAAAAUAUUCAUGAUUUGUACGGAUCGUCAUGUUGCUAUCCGCAAAAUGCUACGGGAGGAAUACUCUGAUAUAAAACAUGAAUUUGAUGUGUGGCACCUGGUGAAAUCUAUUGGGAAAACAUUACUUGCAGCCAGUAAACGCAAACAAUGUAAUGAUUUAACAGAGUGGAUUUCCCCAAUUAAAAAUCAUAUUUGGUGGAGCGGAAAUACAUGCAAGAAAUAUCCAGACGAACUAUUGGCACGGUUGAAUUCGGUUCUGGACCAUGUGAGAGACAUCCACACAUGGGAGGAUGACAAUUCACAAUACACCAGUUGUAAGCAUGCUGUUCUGGAUGAAGAGGUAGAGACCCCAAAAAAAUGGCUGGACGAAGAAGGUGCAAGUUUUGAGGCUCUAAAAAAAAUGAUAAAAGACAAUAGGCUACAAAAGGACCUACGCCAAAUAAGCUAUUUUUGUCAUACUGGAGACUUGGAAGUAUUCCACAGCGCACUGACUAAGUACAGACCAAAAAGGCUUCAUUUCAGUGCGAAUGGAAUGAUAGCAAGGACACAGCUUGCAGCUCUGGACCAUAAUUUUAAUGUGAACAGAUCACAAGCGGUGGUAAAGAAACAAUGUGAAAGUAGUGGACCGGUUGGCACUCCGCGAUACAACGUCGCUUACCAAAAGCUAGAAAGGAAUGGUUCCUCCGUUCUAUCUAUGAGCCCACAAAACAGGAUUUUAUUUCCACAAUAAUGAAAAAAGUUUUUGAUGCUGCAGCUGGGAACCUUCUGGGAACCUUCCA